AUGGCAGCCGACCAAGGAUACGCUAAGCUCAAAGCAUGGAUAGAAGACAGUCUGGAUCAAUUCAGAAAUGAUCUGAUGAACCUUCUUUAUCCACUUUUCAUCCACAUAUACCUGGACCUGCUCUUUGCCAACGACAUCAAGGGGGCCAAAGACUUUUUCAACGCUAACAAGGAUGAUUUCCACAACCAGGAAAUACAAGUGCUGGAGAGCAUAUGCACGCCACAGCAUCUCAACGAAAACCCAUUGGUAAGUGCCUAUCGAACGAACAAAUACAGCAUCUCGAUGGGAAAGUACGCCUUCGAUCUUUUCAUCAAUUUCUUGGAGAGAAAUCAAAUGACACAAAUUUUAGUACUCGUUAACCAGUACUUGAACAUAAAGGUGCACCAGGGUAUAAAAAAAAAUGAAGAGAUUGAGGGACUAACCGAGAAAAUCAACAAAAACAUAAUGAUUGAGACGAAUUUAUACAGUUCGUACACCGAAGAGGCUAUACUUAAGGAUGAGCAGUACCGGUAUGAUCAUUUGGAAUCGUUUGUUCUGGGACUAAAGAACAGGAACCGGGAGAAAGAGAAAGUCAUGCCCUCGUCAUCGUUCAUCAAACAAGAAAUCGAGAACUUGAAAGAUCUCUGCAAGCGGGUCACUCUGAACAAGAACAAUCUUCCAUCUGUUUGUUGCUACACGGUCAACAAUACGUUUGAGAGGGUAUGCUGUGCAGAGAUAAGCAAGGACCUCAAACUGCUCGCACUGGGCUACAGCGACUCAAUUCUUGAGAUCCAUGCGCUCGAAGGUACGCUCAAAAAACUGAAGAACACUGCUGACCUGAUGAAGCUGAAAAACUUGGAGGAGGAUCUUCAUGAAGACAUCGGAAAAACCAUCAGGUUAAUCGGGCACACUACGUGUGUGUUGAACGUAAAGUUCUUUAAUUCGAAGAAAUAUGUGCUAUCGUGCGAUAUGGACCGGGUUUAUCUGUGGUCUCUGGAUCUGUUUUGCCUGAUCAGCACGUACAAGGCGUGUGCAUUUCCUAUCUGGUCACUCGCCAUUUCCAACGACGAUUUAAUGUUCUGUUCGGGUGGUGCUGACCGAACAGUCAGUCUAUUUAAUAUUGACAGUCUCUCGCCCGAGCGUCUUUUCACUUCGGCGCUGAGCGACGUGUCCUCGCUUAUAUUCCAUCCCAAUUCUCAAUACGUCAUCUUUGGCUCGUGUGACCACCGUAUACGAAUGCAUGAGAUAGAGUCUGCCGAGCUGGUGCGUGUUUUUAUAGGACAUACUGAUACAAUCACCGCUCUGGCAGUGUCACCCGAUGGCAAGCUUCUCCUGUCCGGAUCAAAGGAUAAGACAGUCAUUCUGUGGGAUAUAAUGACGUCCAAAAAGAUAAACGUGUUCAGAGGGCACACCAAAACGGUUUACUCUGUCUCUUUCUGCUAUUUUGGGAAUGUAUUCGUAUCAUGUGGAGCUGAUUUAUCUCUUAGAGUGUGGGAUUUCAAGAACGUGCUAGCCGUGUACCACACCAAGAAUACUCCUUUGAUAGAUGCCAAAUUCGGUUUCAGAAACAUUGUUAGCUGUGUAGGUCCGUUCCAAGGAUAA